UGUAACAUAACUCGCUUGAUUUGCCAGGGUGAGGGGACGAAUGUGAUAAUAAAAAUUAAAAUCAGUCAAUUGCGCCGAUGCCGACGUAGCUUCGUGUUGUGUCCAGUCACAGGGGCCAUCGCGCGUUAGCCGUUCGAUUAUCGGCCACACACAUCCAAGGUCACGGGUUGUGGGCGGGCGGCUACCAUGCUGCCCGGUCCACUCGUGGCGCUCGACGCUCAGAAAACGCGCGCGCUCACUACUAUUUACGCGCCGCGGAAACUCAAAACACGAAAACACAAAACGGCACAAUCGAGGAUGCUAGAAAACAAUAUACCAAUAAAAUCUACCCUGUCCCCUUUCCAUCCGCUACCAGCUAUUGGUCAGAAAAAAGAAAAAACUAAAGUUAUUGUCUUUGAUUUGAAAAAAGACGAUAAUGCUUUAAAAUUGCAGGAAGUUCUCAAGCCACUAACACCUUUAAGCAUUCAUGCUCUACGAAAGAGUACGGAUUACGACAACAGGAAACCGCAUCCACUUUUAAGAGAGAAUACGUACGAUGUUAUCGAGCCGAUAUAUCUCAAUGCGGAUAAAUUGAAAAAUACGAGGAGGACAGUUUCCGAAAACGGUACAGCGCCGAAGCUGUCACCGAAGACGAGAUUUAAAAACGCAGCGUUGCAAGUUGCAAAACUAACGUCUUUACCGGAAACGGGAAAAUUAUUAUGUUUACGGGAAAGAGAGACCUAUAAUAUAAUAUGUCGAGAUAACGAUUCUUGUCGAUUGCAGAAAUUACCACAAAGCCCUGCACAGAAAUUAAAUACAUUGUCGGAAAUUUUUCAAAACUUAGAAAUGAAGGGGCGACACAGAGACAGGAUGAAAAAAGAGAAUAGUUGGUUUUAAACAAAUUAUAGUUUAAGAGUAUUCUAUAUAAAGUUUUCUAUGAGCAUCUUGUGAAAGUGUUUACGAAGUGAAAAAAACUGAUAACGUGUUAAAAAAUUCUGUAUUUAUAUUUUGUUAUAAUUCGAAU